UAGAUGCCGAGUGCUGCUUCGAACCCUGGCGGGUCGCCUGUGUCCAACUCAGUUAUACGUGUCCUUGAGGCUUCUCAGGUUGAAACCCUUUGUAGGGUUUCCAUCUUCAACCUCCCUGGGGGUCUCCCACUUCCGAUUAGCCACAAAAAUGACGAACUGUUCUCCCCUCUACCUGUGUCUGGGCUUCUUAACCCGCAGCCUGCUCCUCCGCCCCGGAACCCAACCACGUGCCCAUCUCAGGCCUCCCCAACUGCCAGGGUGCCCAAGCACCUCUUACUUACAGUCCUCCUUCCUCUAGGCCUCUGACCCCCGACCUUCCGAGUCCUAUUUUAGGCCUUCUCUGCACGUCCCCGACUUCCUUUCCACCAUACACUCUUUGCCCUGUAUCCCGGGGAUGAGGAUGACCAUUUCCUCCAAGGAUCCUGCAGCUCCUCCUGCCUUACCUUUGUGUCCUCAUCCCCAGCACCCAUUUCUGGGUGUCCUUCCCACCAGUACGUUUGCACCCGUUUGUCUCCCAGCCCUCGCCUCUCCUGGACUCUUUUCAAGACCAGUCUCCAUCUCCAGCCUCCUUCAAGCUUGAGGCUGAAACUGGCAAUCUUAAGAGACUUAGAGCGGCCAAGUUCAGGUUAGUCCGUUAAGCGCCGCCCAACCAGUCCUCCCUGUCACAGGGGGCGCUGUCCGCCUUCCUCUCGCCUACACAAAGAUGACCCCGCUCUCGAAUCUGGGGUGACAGGAAGGAGUCGGUCCAGGCUCCGGGGGCUGGGAUUGGGCGCGUCCCAAAGGCUGGCUGGAGUGGGGCCGAGGGGAAAGAUCGUUUAAGAGACAGCGCCCCUCACCAACCACUUAGAGCAGCGCAGGGGCGGGAGGGCGGCAGGUUCUCCUCUCGUUAGUGCCCCGUGUGUUUGGGGCCCUGUGAUCUCAGCGGUCCUGCCCUCGGCCUCCCUCUUCUCCCGCCCCGCCCCGGGCCAGGUGUUCGAAUCCCUACUCCAGAACUGGCGGCGUCCCAGUCCCGCGGGCGUGGGGCGCCGGAGGACCCGUCCUCGGGUUCAUGGCGGCCCCGGUCCGCCUGGGCCGGAAGCGCCCGCUGCCUGCCUGUCCCAAUCCGCUCUUCGUUCGCUGGCUGACCGAGUGGCGGGACGAGGCGACCCGCAGCGGGCGCUGCACACGCUUCGUGUUUCAGAAGGCGCUGCGGUCCCUCCGACGGUACCCACUGCCGCUGCGCAGCGGGAAGGAAGCUAAGAUCCUACAGCACUUCGGAGACGGGCUCUGCCGGAUGCUGGACGAGCGGCUGCAGCGGCACCGAACAUCGGGCGGUGACCAUGCCCCGGGCUCGCCAUCUGGAGAGAACAGUCCAGCCCCGCAGGGGCGACCUGCGGAAGUCCAGGACUCUUCCAUGCCAGUUCCUGCCCAGUCCAAAGCGGGAGGCUCUGGCAACUACUGGCCAGCUCGGCACUCAGGAGCCCGAGUGAUACUGCUGAUGCUCUACCGAGAGCACCUGAAUCCUAAUGGCUACCACUUCUUAACCAAGGAGGAGCUGCUGCAGAGGUGUGCUCAGAAGGCCCCCAGGGUAGCCCCUGGGAGUGCUCGACCCUGGCCAGCCCUCCGCUCCCUCCUCCACAGGAACCUGGUCCUCAGGACACACCAGCCAGCCAGGUACUCAUUGACCCCAGAGGGCCUGGAGCUGGCCCAGAAGUUAGCUGAGUCAGAAGGCCUGAGCUUGCUGAAUGUGGGCAUCGGGCCUAAGGAGCCCCCUGGGGAGGAGGCAGCAGUGCCAGGAGCAGCUUCAGCAGAGCUUGCCAGUGAAGCAGGGGUCCAGCAGCCACCACUGGAGCUGAGGCCUGGAGAGUACAGGGUGCUGUUGUGUGUGGACAUUGGCGAGACCCGGGGGGGCGGGCACAGGCCGGAGCUGCUCCGAGAGCUACAGCGGCUGCACGUGACCCACACAGUGCGCAAGCUGCACGUUGGGGAUUUUGUAUGGGUGGCACAGGAAACCAAUCCUAGAGACCCAGCGAGCCCUGGGGAGUUGGUACUGGACCACAUUGUAGAGCGCAAGCGGCUGGAUGACCUUUGCAGCAGCAUCAUUGACGGCCGCUUCCGGGAGCAGAAGUUCCGCCUGAAGCGCUGUGGCCUGGAGCGCCGGGUAUACCUGGUGGAAGAGCAUGGCUCGGUCCACAAUCUCAGCCUUCCUGAGAGUACGCUGCUGCAGGCUGUCACUAACACUCAGGUCAUUGAUGGCUUUUUUGUGAAGCGCACAGCAGACAUUAAGGAGUCAGCUGCCUAUCUGGCCCUCUUGACGCGGGGCUUGCAGAGACUUUACCAGGGCCACACCCUACGCAGCCGCCCCUGGGGAACCCCUGGGAACCCUGAAUCGGGGGCCAUGCCCUCUCCAAACCCUCUCUGCUCACUCCUCACCUUCAGUGACUUCAACGCAGGAGCCAUCAAAAAUAAGGCCCAGUCAGUGCGAGAAGUGUUUGCCCGGCAGCUGAUGCAGGUGCGCGGAGUGAGUGGGGAGAAAGCAGCAGCCCUGGUGGAUCGAUACAGCACCCCUGCCAGCCUCCUGGCCGCCUAUGAUGCCUGUGCCACCCCCAAGGAACAAGAGACACUGCUAAGCACCAUCAAGUGUGGGCGUCUACAGAGGAAUCUGGGGCCUGCUCUGAGCAGGACCUUAUCCCAGCUCUACUGCAGCUACAGCCCCCUGACCUGAGCUUAUGCUGUGAAACAGCCCCCAGCCCCCAUCUGUACCCCCACGCAGGCUAGCCAGCCUUUUAACAACAUCUUUUGUGGUAAAAUUAGAAUCUAAGUGUUUGCAGCCAUAUGUGUUAUGUAGAAGAUGCCUGGCCCUGGGGACCUUGUGAAAUACGCAGGAACCAGGGAUACCGUCUGGACCAGUGGUUUUUAAACAAAGCUGCUUAGGACCUGGGAUUGCCUGGUCAGGGAGAUGGAGUCAGUGGGGCACUGCAGCUUUGAAUCGAUUUUAUGUCAUCAGUUGGUCCUCAUCAAAUAAAACUUCCUUAGGAGUGCAGAGGGCUCAUUGGGAAAAUAAAAAUAAAUAAAACUUCCUAAAAGAAAAGCUUGAAAACCA